UUACUUCCUACUGAUGCCAGCAAUUGGCUGCGUAAAAGCGUGGCUUGUGAAAGCAUUUGCGUCGGUUUACUCACGUUUUUCAAGAUGGUGAAAAUCGGUCUGCAAUUUAAAGCCACUUUGGAAAAUGUUACGAAUUUAAGGCCAGAGGGUGAGGACUUUCGCUGGUUUCUGAAAUUGAAAUGUGCAAACUGUGGAGAAAUCCCAGAAAAAUGGCAGUAUAUCAACCUUAUGGAUAACGUACCUCUCAAAGGAGGAAGAGGGAGUGCCAGUAUGGUGCAGAAAUGUAAACUUUGUGCCAGGGAGAACUCUAUUGAUAUUUUAAGAGACACCAUCACCCCAUACAAUGCUGAGGAUAGCGAGCGGUUUAAGACCAUAGUGCAGUUUGAAUGUCGAGGCCUGGAGCCAGUGGACUUCCAACCACAGGCUGGCUUUGCUGCAGAUGGUCCCGAGUCUGGGACCAAGUUUCCUGAAAUCACCCUACUGGAAAAAGACUGGACAGAUUAUGACGAGAAGAUCAGUGAGUCCGUCGGCAUCUAUGAAGUCACUCACCAGUUCAUCAAAUGCUGAAUUCUGAUCAAGUGUUUUGUAUGGCCAGCCAGCCUAGGUCGCAGGCUACAAAAAUCACUAUGGCCUGACAACUGAAUACUGACAUGGCUGCUGGGAACAAAUAUGCUUUUAUUGCAGUGCUGUUUGCAGUGAUAAUGCAGUGUUUUUGGGGUUUCUGACAAGCAGGAAAAAGAUGCUGUGGAAUAUCCAUCCAUAUAAUGCUGGAUUGAAUGACACUUCACCACGAGGGGGGUUGAUUAAGCUAGCCCUGCUGGCCCAGGUUACACUAGCUAUAACCAGUCAGGGAGGGGCAGGCCUGCGCACAUGCUACGUGUUUAUGCUGUAAACGAGUAGAAUUCUACUCGUUAUUCUACGUGUUCAACGAACAAAACUUUUAACAGCAGUCUGACAGAACAGGGUAUCUGGUUAACGCCCAGAAGGGUGCCCGGUUCCAAUACUAUUGCGGUCAGUUUUCACCUAGUACACACUACCCCCACCCUGGCAAAGAGCCAGCUUAAUCAAGCCCUAUCACUGAUGUUCCUGUCACAGUCCAAAUAAAAAUCAGUUGCAGUUGUUUUGAACGUUUGCCUCUUCAACGAAAAUAUCUAAUUAUUGUAGCUGAACGUUUCUAAUUGGUCAGCCCUCUUCAUGUAAAUAAAAAUAAAUCAUAAUUUA